GUCGUCACUCGAUUCAUAUACACCUCCAACACACGCACGUACGACAACGUUGCCAAAGUACACGAUACUCAUAAGUACCUACUAAUAUCGUGUAGAAUAGUAAUUUUUCUGUUAGAUACUAUUCACAACCGAAUGUGAAUCGCACGCGUAUACAAUAGAUAACUAAAUUAUACAAUAAUAAUUAAAUAUAUUAUUCUAUCCGCGCGUACCUUUCUGGUGUCUAUAUAGCUGCAAGACCAGCUGAGUAUCUCCUCUGCGGAUCACUCUUCUUCACUGAGAUAAUAUUGUUUUAUAACAUACAGUAAUAGUUAUUGUAAGAGCUUACCACCACCACGAUGGCCGAAACACCAUGUUUCUUCGGACUAACAACUGUCCGCAUCGGCGCACGCGUUGUGGCUUAUUUACAAUUCUGGUCUCAAUUGUUCGUUGUCAUACUGUUGAUGUUCAGUUAUUUCAAUUAUUGGUUGGACACGGAUAAUAGUCCUACUUCUACGAACACGAAUGCGACUGCCGCGAACGAGACUUCGUCGACUGCAAUCAUAAUAUAUUAUAACGAACUGGAUUUCGACACCGCGAUCUUUUCACAACUGUCGGGUUCACUUCUGAUUAUGUACACUAGUUACUAUUUAAGAAUAGCCACGUACACACACAACUUAAUGCACAUCAAUUUUUGGAUGAUWCUCAACUGUCUAAAUUUCCUCACAUCAGUCGCGUUUAUCAUACUUGCUGCAUGGAGAAUUGGAAAAUUUGCAAUAUUUUUUACAGGCUUGAUUGGAUGCUUUGCAAAAUCAUAUAAAUUAUACGUCGUCUAUCAAUUUUACAUGGAUGAGACUUCAACAGCCACAGUUAACGAUAAUCAAAACGUAUYGAACAAUGGAGAUCAGCCGCUACCUCRAAAUCACGCAACUAUAGAAAUCAAAACAGAAACAAACAUAGUGAAUGAUUACCACCACCCCACUUUGGACGUAAAAAAUGUUACACAGACCGCUUAAAUAGAUAUGACGAUAAAUCAUUCUAAACUUWAAGAUUUUAAAACUCAUUGUGAUGUACUUAUAAGACCUUAUAUAAUAGGUAUGUAUAAUAAUAUGGCAGCCGCCAGCCAAAGAUACUGUGGUCAGAAUUAUUAUGUUACAAUAUUAUAUAUUAUAUUAAAUGCAUUAAUUAUUGUAUUUUGCAUUGUGCAUGGUUAUUACAA